AUGUCGGCCAACCUGCGGGACCACAUCUUAUCUACGCUCUCCUCUCUUCCCGGCACUCGCGAAUUUCACCUUCACGUUCUUGUUUCUUCUCCUCGAAAGAAUUCCUCGCUUUAUUACUUUGCGAGGCCGCGGCCUAGGGUCUAUCUUCAGGACAUUCUGGUCCUGCUCUCUGAGCAAAGAUCCCUCGACUCGCCACGCAUUCUUGUCAGUGCCAUUGAGGCAGCAGUAUACCAUAUACCAGCCACAUCCUCCGCUGUAUUAUACGUGUCAAAAGUUGACUCAACCGGCCAAGCCACUGCGCCGUCUCCGACAUCGCACUUGGUGCGGGCCUUGCUCUCAUUUUACGUUGAUCCUUGGACACGACCUCUUGCCGUAGACCAUCUAUGGAUUCAGCUUUUUGCUCGAGCACAGGCACAGUACCUUUUUCCAAAUUCCGCGGAAUACCCCGGAAAGCGUCCCCUCAGUGACAUAAAGCUCUGCGUUUGGUGGAAGCGCGUCUUAUCGCAGGUCGCAGGGGAGGCCAAACCCGAAACAAUCAUAAAACCCUUUUACGUUCUGCCAGGAUGCAGUGAGUUUGAGGCGGAAGAUUCGUUGAGGAUCGCGUCCUCUUCUACGGCCAGUCCUACGGGAUUGAAGUGGAUUUAUGGGCACCCAUACUCGUUGUCCGAAAUACCUUUACCCUGCCCGACUAGUAUUGUGGCUCCGAAUCUUGGGCAUUAUAUCCCAAACUUUGACGAUGAUCCCAAGUCCAGAUUCUUGGAUGAAAUAGCUUAUACGACUGAUGAGGGAAUAAAAUCUCCUGUCAGAAAGCGGUCGCGCACGAAUGAGGAGUCUGGAGACAAAAAGAAGUCUACGGGCAACGAAGGAUCCACCCCGUCAAGUAAGGAUGACCGUCCACUGGGAGAAUUGGGCAAGGUGACGCCUGACGAGUUUUGGGAGAGGAUGUCCUUCCGUCAGGAAUGUGUGGCGGGAGCCGUCACCGGCUUCUUUACCCUCAUAGUAUCCUCGUCCUCACCAACGUCCCCAGAUAACGCCACUCAAAGAUCGAUUUCUCCGCUCGCUCCGCAGCCAGGACAGGUUUCUUCACAGCUGAACAAGCGUAUCAUUACGUCUCUACAAACAGGGAACGAGUUUUCAACGACCGAGCGUUCAAUUCGGGCUACAGAAACGUUGGAAACUGCGAUAAAGGGUCUAUGUGAUGGAAUUACAACUGCCCGGAGUAGCGAUGGACCACCAGCACCCACACGUCCACGCAAACUCGACCGAUGCACUACUCCUGAACCUGAGACUCCAUCUCUACUCGCCCCGCCGAGCACACCGCCGCGACGACUUCAUGGGAAAGCCGUACUGCCAGAUGUCUCUCCAAACCCUUUCCCAGAGCCCGUCGCGUCUUUGGAAACAUACCAUUCUCAUAUUUAUGGAUCCAUCUCUGUCCGCAACCCUGCUGCGGUAGACAAAAAUACAUCUGUGAAGGCUGAUGCUGCCCCAGCUAUCCCACAGGUCACAGUGCUGACAGUUAGGCGGAAGAAGAAAAGAACGGAUUAA